AUGCUUUCUGCAGGUCUCAGCGCAGCCGUAGUGCUGUUCGUGGUUUACUUUUCCUUGACCUUGGUCCAAGCAAAGUACAGACACUACCGACAGGCUCGAGACCUCAAAUGUCAAGAGCCAAACCGCGUGAACUCGCCUUUCUUUGGCAUGGCAAGCUUGUGGCGCUCAUAUAAAGCCAAGCAAGAGAACAGACUGCUCGAAGAAAUCGCCAAUACCCAUGCUGAAUACGGGCAUACCUUUACACAGUCUUCACCCAUUCACGCCUUCACUGCGACCAUUGAGCCAGAGAACGUCAAAGCGGUCCUGGCCACAAAGUUUAGUGACUUUGGCCUCGGAACUCGGAACCAGCAAUUUUACCCUUUGCUGGGCGACGGGAUUUUCACCCUUGAUGGCGCCGGGUGGACCCAUUCCCGGGCUUUAUUGAGACCCCAAUUCGCUCGUGACCAAGUCGCUGAUACCGCCCUUCUUAACGACCAUGUCACUAGUUUUAUUGAUCUCCUUCCAAAGGAUAAAUCCGGGUUUGACAUUCAGCGCAUGUUCUUCUUGCUGACCAUUGACUCCGCCACACAUUUCCUUUUUGGAGAGUCCGUGGGUGCCUUGGCUUUGGAUUCGACCAAGGGAGGCAUUUUAAAUAGCUCAUCUGUUGGAGGCGCCGCUGGUUUUGCAGAGGAGUUCAACAAAAGCCAGGACUAUCUUGCGAGCAGAUCCAUCCUACAAGGGCUGUACUGGUUAAUCAAUCCGAAAGACUUUCAAGAAGCGAACCGCAAAGUGCACGAAGUCGUUGACUACUAUGUCAACCUGGCUCUUCAGGCCAAAAACGGCCCGUCCAAGGAAUUAUCUGGAGAACGGUAUAUCUUCCUCAACGCACUCGCUGCAGAGACACAAGACCCCAAGAUGUUGAGAGAUAGUAUGCUCAAUAUCCUCUUGGCUGGACGUGAUACCACGGCUAGUCUGCUCAGCUCGACAUUUUACUAUUUGGCUCGUCACCCGGAAACUUGGAAGAAGCUUCGUAAUGAGAUUGUCAAUAUGUUUGGGGACAGUCACCAGCCGAUUGCAGAAAUCACACAGUCCAAGCUCAGAGAUAUUCCUUAUCUCCGCCAUGUCCUCAACGAAGUGCUGCGUUUGAUGCCUCCUGUACCCGCCAAUUUCCGCGUCGCUAACAAAGAUACAACCCUCCCAGUUGGAGGCGGACCCGACGGUUCUCAUCCAGUAUUCAUUCCAAAAGGACACAUAGUCACCUACAGUGUAUACAAUAUGCACCGACGAAAAGACUUUUGGGGCGAAGAUGCACAAUUGUUCCGUCCGGAGAGAUGGGAAGAGAAUGCCAAACAUGGAUGGGACUAUCUCCCUUUCAAUGGAGGACCACGAAUCUGUUUAGGACAGCAAUACGCCUUGACGGAGGCUAGCUACACCGUUGCAAAGUUGUUACAGCGCUUUGAUGUUCUGGAAAAUGCAGACCCAAAUCCCACCAAGGAGCCAGUGUUGCUAACGAAUCUCACUCUGUCGCAUGCCGACGGGGUGUUCGUGAAGCUGUAUUCUUCUGAUAAUGUAUGA